AUGCCAUCUGAGAGCGAUGGCAGAAAUGCGUCGCCCCCCGACUUCACCACCAGCAACUCACCUCAAGGUGGUAAUAAUGGAGGUGGAAGUGAACGACGUAGAAGACAGAGGGGGAAGAGAAACAAUCGGUCGCAAAGCACCAAGUCCGAGCCACCUCCCAAUGCAGCAUUGAAAUCCCACUACUUUGAUUUCCAGGGCCAAGACUGGCAGCAGCCCCCGUUCCUAGACGUUGUGAAGGCUGUGACAGAGUACUUUGCCGGGGAAAGAUCAAGCGCAACUGAAUAUGUGAUCGUGGGCCUGACAGGAGAAUUCGCACUCCCAUCCAUCACGGAACCUGCGGACCCAAGCGACCCAGACAACAGGGUCCUCUUCGCCAAAUGGGAAGGGGAAUACAAGGACUUCAAAAGGAAGCAAAAGGAUAGAGAGGCCAACGAAGGAGCCUUCUUCGGUUUAUUGAUGCGUCAAUGCACUGAACAGUUUCAAAACGCCGCCCAAGAGCACCAUGAAUGGAAUAAGGUUCAAUCCAACAUGGACACCAUGGGGUUGCUUCGAAUCUUCCAACAUCUCACAGCCACAGGAGGAGCCACCAACGUCGAUCCGGCUAUGUCGAAGUACCAGGCCCAGCAGAGAUUUUACAGUUGUAUCCAGGGCAGCAAGAUGACGAACGCCGAGUACUAUUCGCGCUUCAUGCAUCAUGUGAACGUGGUCAAGUACUGCAAGGGAGCACUGGGAGCAUCGAUUGCCGCAUUGGAGGACGCAUGCAGAGAAGCAAAAGUCAACAGCACCCUUGAUGAAAUGAAGAAACUCGAAGCAAAGGUGAUGGAGCGAGAAAUGGCAAUGGCAUUUCUCAUGGGCGCUGACAAGAAGCGAUAUGGCAACUUGAUCGCGCAAGCUACCAACGCUCGAUUGUUGCAUAACGGAGCCUCAACUUUCCCAACGACCAUGGCAGGAGCUUUGGAGCUGUUGAACAAUGGGCAACAGCUUCAAAUCACGCAGAGUGUUGUCCGAACCUCCGAUGUGGGAGGUGGAGCAUCUUUUUUCACUGAGGGCCAGCCAUCCGAUCAGAACGGAGCCGGCAGGCGCGAAAAUCCACGUAGAAACGGUACUGGAGGUCGUGGAAAUGGAGGACGUGGCGGUCGCGGCGGUCGCGGACGAUUUGAGCGAAACCAACCUGAAGAUCAUCAAGACGACCAAGCCCACAUCAACAACAACGACGCAGAUACUGAUAACAAUAACACUGGUUCUGGAGAGUAUUUGAAUCCUUUAGAUAAUAUAGCCGAUCCGAGCAACGAUGCGGAGGCUCUCAUCGCGAGCGACGCGAUAGAUGAAGAUGUGACAGCUACGGAGCUGCUCUUCCUUCAAUCAGACAACAUGCACGCACAGCUCAUCCUCAAGAGGCACCCAACAUCAGGACUUCCGGUCACCUGGUUGAUCCUUGACACCGGAUCCACGGCAAACAUCUUCUGCAAUGGAUCGCUACUACGCAAAAUCCACAAGGUCAAGAAAGGAUUAAGGGUGCGCUGCAAUGCAGGAGUCGUUGAAUUGAACAUGAAAGGGUUUUUUGGAGAUUAUCCGGAGGCGGUGUGGUUCAACCCAAAAGGAAUAGCCAACAUUUUUUCCUUCCACAACAUGAACAAACACUGCAACAUCACAUACGACAAUGCCGCAACCGACCGAUUCAUUGUUGAUUUCAAAAACGAAAAAAUAGAGUUUCUCCCCACUGACAAGGGGUUAUACCACAUGGAUCUGAAGGACCAACUGAACUCGGCUUGGAAUUUCUUCGAGACUGUGAAAGGGCAAAAGGCCAAGCACACCAAGGCAUCAGUGAUCCGUGCAGCCAAGGCUCGCCACAUUCAAAAUAUUAUUGGACGACCUGGAGACCGAAGAUUCACGGACAUUGUAAACAACAAUCUACUGCGCGAUUGCCCAGUCACGUCCGAAGAUAUCAAAACGGCCACCAACAUAUAUGGCCCCAACUUGGGAUCGCUUAAAGGUAAAACGACAUCCACUACGGACGGUCAUGUACGCACAGAGAUUGGCGCUAUUCCACCACACAUCAAGGAGCACUAUUCGGAUAUCACGUUGGCAAUUGACAUAUUGUUUGUCAACAAAAUGCCUUUUUUGGUGACCAUCUCCCGCCACAUCAAAUUCGGGACAGUCGAGCGCCUUCACAACAGGCAAAUUCCCACCAUCAAAAGAGCUCUACAAAAGGUCAUUGCGCUCUAUUCGCGACGCAACUUCAAGGUCAUUUCCAUUCUGGGCGAUCCCGAAUUUGAACCCCUCGAGCAAGAAUUCCCCAAUAUUCAAGUGGACUGCUGUGGCGCUGAUGAACAUGAACCUACCAUUGAACGGUUCAUUCGCACCAUAAAGGACAGGGUCCGCAGCAACUACAACAUGCUCCCCUUCCGCCGCAUUCCCAAACUGAUCCUUGAAUAUUUGAUCCGCAAUGCAGUCUUCUGGCUCAAUGCCUUCCCAGCUCUAGAUGGAGUAUCCAACAAUCUGUCACCUCGAUACAUCGUCACCGGUCGCCAGGUCACCAUGAAACAUCAUGUCCGAACCGAAUUUGGGGCGUAUGUCCAAACACAUGAGGAGCACUCCAAUGACAUGCGCUCCCGCACCUUGGGAGCUAUCUGUCUUGGACCAACCGGCGCUGCUCAAGGCUCCCACUAUUUCAUGAGUGUUGCUACUGGCAAGCGAAUCUCCAGACAACACUGGACCACUCUCCCAAUGCCAACUGAAGUGAUUGAUGAAGUCAGCCAGAAAGGGCAACAACAAGGCAUGCCUUUGACACUCACAUUCGCAGACAGACAUGGAAGAGAACUGAUAGACGAUGAUGAUGACAUCGAUGACGACCAUGACUCUACCUACAGUUACUCAAGCGCCUCUGACAGUGAAGACGACCUCAGCUACGACAACGACAGCCACAGCGAUUCUGACGUUUCCGACGACUCCGAUCCGGGCUCUGACGCUGAUUAUGAUGACGAUAGUGAUGAUGAUGAUGAAACUACUGGUAAUGAUGAUGCAGAUGAAGCUCCACCAACCGGCCAACCACCAGCUACUGCUGGAUUGCCCGCAGGAGUGAUCCAACCACCACAUCAGAUGGCAGUGGAGCCACAACAGCAUCAACUCCAGCAACAUCAGCCACAAUUCCCAGAUGAAAACGCCGGAAACACAGGAGUGGGCGGCGCAAACAACAACAACACCGGAAACACAGGAGUGGGCGGUGCAAACACAGGAGUGGAUGCCGGAAACACAGGAGUGGGCGGCGAAAACGCAGGAGUGGAAUCAGAAGAUGAAGAGGAUGAGGAAGCACGGGCGCAAGCAGCCGCCGAUGCGGACCUGAACGAUCGAAUCGACGCAUUGGCAGAGGAAGUGCAACGCGACAUACAGCAGAGAGAGCAACUUCUCCCAAACAAUCAACAACAGAUCGAGGUCGAAAUGGAUGCUGCAUACGGCCCCAGAAAUCACGGUAGAAACUUGCGCCCUAGGAAGAGGCCAACUACACAUGGGGACCAUCAAGUGAUGAUACACGUCCCACACCGAGACGAACCAGUCCCAGCAUACCAAGAAAUGAUAGCACUCUUCAACCAUGAGGUGUCAUUCCUGACAGAGCAAAUGUCAGCGAAGAAAGGACUAAAGGUAUUCGGAGACAAGGGAGCAGAAGCGGUAGUGGCCGAGAUGCACCAAAUCCACUAUAGGAACGUCCUGUCACCAAAAUUCGCGCACGAACUCACCAAGCAACAGAGAAGGGAUGCGCUGAGAUAUUUGAUGUUCCUGAAGGAGAAGCGAUGCGGGAAAAUAAAAGCUAGAGGUUGCGCUGAUGGAAGGAGCCAGCGACUGUACACGCCAAAGGAAGAUGCUUCAGCCCCUACAGUGAGAACCGAAUCAUUCAUCAUCACAUGCGCCAUUGAUGCCAAAGAAGGGCGAAAGGUGAUGACAAUUGACAUUCCCGGAGCCUUUAUGCAGGCAGACAUCGACGACGUUGUCCAUGUGAAGUUUGAAGGCGAGAUAGCCAACCUGCUAACCAAGGUUGAUCCGAGCUUGUAUACAAAAUACGUGGCGUAUGAAGGAAAGAAGCCAGUGAUCUACGCUCAGCUGAACAAGAACUUGUAUGGGACCUUAAAAGGAGCCAUUCAAUGGUGGAAAAAUCUUUCCGAGUUCCUCAUUAAUGAAUUGGGAUACGAAGCGAACCCAUACGACAGCUGCGUGGUCAAUAAGACAAUCAACGGUAAACAGUGUACCAUUAUCUGGCAUGUUGAUGAUUUGAAAAUCUCACAUGUCGAGCAAGAGGUACUUGAUGAUUUGGCCGACAAGCUAAGCGAACGGUAUGGCAAGGAAGCGCCCCUCACUAUCCAAAGAGGAGAAGUGCAUGAAUAUCUUGGAGUUACAAUUGAUUUCAGCGAGAAAGGGAAGGUGAAGUUUUCGAUGGACGACUAUGUGGAUCGUCUACUGGAAGAGGCACCAGAGGAUAUGAAGGGGGUAGCAACAUCACCGGCCGCGAAUCAUUUAUUCCAAGUCAAGGACAAGCCUACGUUGCUAGAUGACAAGAAGGCUGAACUCUACCACCACCUUACCGCCAAGCUGCUGUAUCUAUGCAAGCGAGUACGAGGAGACAUCAUGACCGCAGUGGCUUUCCUCACGACUAGAGUUUCGAGACCUGAUGAGGACGACUAUGCCAAGCUCGCGAGAUGUAUCAAGUACCUGAGAGCGACCAAAUAUAUGCCUCUUACCAUUGAAUUGGGAGACGAAUUCAUCAUGCAAUGGUGGGUAGACGCGUCAUUCGCAGUGCACAAUGACAUGAAGAGCCACACCGGAGCAGUUUUAACCAUGGGCAAGGGAGCCAUCAUUGCCAUCUCUACCAAGCAAAAGAUCAACACGGACAGCUCUACAGUGGCCGAACUAGUCGGGGUACAUGAUGCACUACCUAUGAUCAUGUGGUCCAGAUAUUUCAUCGCAUCUCAAGGCCAUACGGUGGUGGACAACGUUAUUCACCAAGAUAAUCAAAGCGCCAUCUUGCUCGAGAAGAAUGGAAGGAAGUCAUGCGGCCGCAAGACAAGGGCAUUGGACGUCAGGUAUUUCUCUAUUACCGACAAGGUUGCCCAGAAGCUCAUGACAAUCAAACAUUGCCCCACUGCAGAGAUGUUGGGAGACUUUUUGACGAAACCUCUACAGGGAGCACUGUUCCGAAAGUUCAGAGAUCUAAUCAUGAAUUACUCAGGCCAAUCCAACUGA